AUGGCCCGCCGGUGUGCAGUUCAAGGAACCCUCCAAGAUGGACAUAUCAGAUGCAAGUACUUUGCUACAAUUCUUGUUCGCCCGGCAAGGAAAAACAUUCAACCGGCCUUUUCAUUCACGGCAUGGCAAGAUUCUGAUGGAGACAUCUGUGAGGCCGUUGUGUUCCCAGCACCCCUGCACGCCGGCAGCAAUGCAAACCAUGCCCAUCGGAGACAACAAAAGGCUCGCCGGGCCAUCAAGGAUAGCAUUUCGGAGGAUGAGUUAGAUAGCGAUAAUGAUGGCUCAUCAAGUGAAGAUGACGGGCCACUUUUCACUUCCCGAAGGAAAGAUGUCACGCCACCGCGGCAGGCGACUCUCCCGGUGAACAAGCCCAAGCCUCGCAAGAUGAAAUCUGACCCUGCUCCCCAACGGCGAAGUGCACGGCAGAUGUCAGCAGCCGUCGGCGAUGUGGCAAAACCUGUGAUUGCCGCGGUCAGCAAUACCAAGGAGCCUGCGAGGACUCAGAAGAAGGCCGUAAAGCAGCCAUCCACAUCCUUGGGUGCUAUCACAAGAGGCAAGGAGGUGACAUAUGCCGCCGAUGAAAAGCCCAGGGGGUCAAAGCGCCGUGCUCCUGACGCUGUUAGUGAUAUGCCGGCGAAGAGAACCAGAAGCAGGACAUUUGCGCCGGAGUCAUCUUUGGGUACACGCGGCAAGAAGUAA